UCUGACGGCAUAAUAAAAUAGCUACCAGAAUAACCCAUUUACUGGGGCUGUUAACAGGGAGGCCUGUUAAGGCCAGCUACCUGACAGUGCAUGUGCUGGCUUCUUGGGGCCCAACGUGGUGGGGAAUCACACUGAAGGAAAGCCUGUUAAGGCCUACUACCUUAUAGCAAGUCUAGUAGCACAGAUAGUUUUACUAUUCCAACAACGCCUGGGACCAAUCACAUCGCCAACGAGCGGUGUACUCAGUAAAAGCACUUUUUUCCCUUUAAACAAGGGGAGUACAAACAAACGGCAACAUGCCUUGGAGGAGGCCCACCUGGGCCUACUACUCCAGAAGAACACGGGCAUCAGCUUGUGGCAAUGCUGAGCUACAAGGGAGCGUACUAAAUGACCAGCCCACAGUGAAGGUCAAAUACUGCUCGACCUGAGUCACAGUGGUGCAGGGCAGAUAAAAACAGAACUAUAAAUGAAGCACUCGUAUAACACCGUGUUUUACAAGAGAGUACUAUCUGCCUGUCCCUGAGGGAACUACAGGGUGGAGGCCAACCACAACAUACCCACCGAGUACAGGUUUUUCCAUGCCUUCUCAACCUCAGUAUGCAGGUCAGGAAGGAAUGGAAGGCUCACUAGAGUUGGAGGGCUAUAGCCGGAGAGAAACCGAUCGUCAAGCUGACCGUGCACGGUCUCUCUCCUAACGUGCUGCCAUGGCUACUGUAAUCUGCCGGCAACGUGUUCCACAACCUCCAAUAACUAAGCAUACACGGGGCAUGGUGGCUGAGAGGAUUCAGUAAUAUCAAUAAACUCACCUUCUCUACCCUCCUCAGCCAUCUCCUGCUCGGCUGGAAGAGCACUGGCCUUUGGACCUGAGGAUGCAGACGAACUCACAUCCCCUCCAUGCCCCUCUCAAACUGCUCAGCGAGCUCCAUCUGGGAACCCCAUGACCUGAGUCUCCGCUCUGCCUCAGCACGAGCGGGACCAGAGCCACCAGAUCCAGAUGCUGAACUCUCUCCCCUCAAAGAGAGCCAGAUGAUACUCACAAUUUACAGGCAGCCCCCUCGAGAACUUCCCGUGCGUGCUCUUCCCCCAGACAGAGAACGCAUAGAACAUGUGUGUCAUCUGGUGUCAGAUAACGUGGACAUGGAUCAACACAUUUCACAAACCUCUUAGUAAGUCUGGUUCUCUGUGCAUUUCAUUUUCUUUUAUUUGCCACUAUGUGCUUCAAACAAAACAGUCCCUGAAGAUGAAAAGAGGAUGACAUGUUAUCUGGAUGCCCCUUAUAUACUGUGGGUCACAUUGCUGUCGCCGGUCAAUAUGAUAUUGCCAAAAUUGGAUAUGUGUUUUAGACACCGGUUCCCACGGAGGCGGUUCCCCUAGCGCUUGACACAGUGUGAGUUCCCUUUUGAAAGGAACUAUCUUCUUAUUUUAUUAACACACAAUCACAUAAUUGUAUAGUUUGAAACAGUACUAAGUAUGCUGAAUGUGCAUAUUUAGCUCAGCUCCUGUCUUUAAUAAUUCAUUUAUUUAAACCUUUGAUCCUACACUGUGGUUCAAGGGUUAACUCUCUGUUAUUCAACAUCCAGUCCCUCACUUUGCAGACAUUCACUCAGUCUUGGUGACACUUCAGCUCACUGCCUUCAUCUAGGGGAAUCUAAUGGAUCUGAAAGGGUACUUCAACAGGAUUGGGUUUACCGGCCAAUUUGACAAACCCGACCUGGACACUUUACGCACAAUCCACAAGCUGCAUGUUAUGAAAAUUCCAUUUGAGAACCUCAGCAUCCACUGUGGAGAGAAGAACACGACAGACCUGAACAUCAUCUAUGAUAAAUUAGUCAAGAGCAAUCGGGGAGGCUGGUGUUGUGAAAACAACCUCUUGUUCUCAUGGGUCCUAAAGGAGAUGGGUUACAAAUACACCACACUAGGUUCCAAGGUUUUCAACAAGUUCCAAAAUGAUUUCCACCCCGUAGACUCUCAUCUCAUCAAUCUGGUGGAGAUUGAUGGAAAGCCUUACAUUACCGAUGUGAGCUAUGGAGUGUCAUGCCAACUGUGGUAUCCCUUAGAGAUGAUCUCGGGUAAAGAUCAGCCGCAGCCUCCCGGUGUGUUCCGCCUGCUAAACGAUGGGAUGAGGUGGGUUCUGGAGAAGACAUCAAGAAAGCAAGUGGUCAAAGAUAACGCCUAUGCUAAUUCCAGCCUCCUUGACCGUCGCCUGACGAAAACAAUGUAUUGCUUCCCAUUAACACCCCGUGAUAAAGAGCAUUUCGUGGAGACGCUGGAUUGCCUGCAGACCAGUCCAGAUUCUCGGUUUGUGCUGAAGUCCAUUUGCUCCCUUCAGACGCCUACAGGCUUCAGAGCUCUGAUUGGCUGGACUUACAGCGAGAUAACCUACAACCCAGAGGAGGAUUCUGACAUGGUGGACAUGAAGGAGAUUCCUGACUGUGAAAUAGAGGCUGUGUUGAGGGAAAAGUUUAACGUGGUGUUAGUUAAUAAGCUCACACCUAAAAAUAACAAAGCUAAUUACUGCAUGUAA